AUGGCGUCGGAGCAAGCGCCUCGGCGCAGCGUGCGCGUGAUGGCGGAAGCGGAUCGCGAAGCGGAACGACAGGCGGAGCGGAAGGAGGAGGCCCCCGGCGCAGCGGGGCGAGUGGAGGAGGAGAGGGGAGGCGGGGAGAGCGCUGGAAAGGCGCACAAGUACACGAACCGACUGGCCAAGGAGCAGAGCCCGUACCUGCUGCAACAUGCGCAUAACCCGGUGGACUGGUACCCGUGGGGAGAGGAGGCGUUUGCGCGGGCGCGGGAGGAGGGGAAGCUGAUCUUUUUGUCAGUGGGGUACUCCACGUGUCACUGGUGCCACGUCAUGGAGGUGGAGGCCUUUGAGCGUGCUGAUGUGGCGGACGUCAUGAACGAGGGCUUCGUGAACAUCAAAGUCGACAGGGAGGAGCGCCCUGACGUGGACAAGGUCUACAUGACGUACGUGCAGGCCACGCAGGGCGGGGGAGGGUGGCCCAUGUCCGUGUUCCUCACGCCCUCGCUGCACCCUGUCUUCGGCGGCACCUACUUCCCUCCGGACGACAAAUACGGCCGCAUUGGUUUCAAGUCCCUGCUCGGGCGAGUUCGCUCUGUGUGGGAGCAGCGGCGCAGUGAGGUGCAGAGCGGUGCAGAGGACGCAAUGGCGCAGCUACAGGAGGCCAUGCAAGGGGGAGGGGCGGGGGAGGGGAAGGGGGCGGCGGAGCAGCAGCAGGGGGGAAAACAGCAGGAUCAAGAGGAGGGGCGGAUUUCGAAGCUAGCAGAGAAGGCGGUACAGCUGUGCUCAGAGCAGCUAGCCUCACGAUACGAUGAGGACUUGGGGGGGUUUGGAUCCGCGCCCAAGUUCCUCCGCCCCUCUGAACUCAACCUGCUGCUGCGGGCUCACCAGCGGGGGGAGGGGGGGAAGGGGGGGAAGGGGGAAGCGGCGGCGGGAAGGAGGGUGGUGAGGGGGAAGGGGCCGGGGCCGUUACAAAUGGUGGAGCAUACUUUGGAGUGUAUGGCAAGAGGGGGCGUGCAUGACCACGUGGGAGGAGGCUUUCACCGAUACUCGGUGGAUGAGUACUGGCAUGUCCCUCACUUUGAGAAGAUGCUAUACGACCAAGGCCAGCUCGCCAACGCCUAUCUCGACGCGUUUCUCGUCACCGGCCGCCCGGAUUUCGCGCGCAUGGGGCGGGAUAUUCUGGACUAUGUGCGGCGGGACAUGACGCACAGGGAGGGCGGCAUCUACAGUGCGGAGGACGCUGACAGCCUGGCAGCGGUUGGGGACGAGAGGAAGAAGGAAGGGGCGUUCUAUGUGUGGAGUGAGAAAGAGAUUGCAUCCAUCCUCAGUCCUGCCACCCCUCGCUGCCGUCUCUUCACCGCACUCUACACAGUUCGCAAGGAUGGCAACUGCGAUCUCUCCCCGCGCUCCGACCCGCACAACGAGUUCGCAGGGCUCAACUGCUUGAUCCAGCGCUGCUCAGUUUCAGACGCAGCUAAGAAGGCUGGAGUGCCAGAGGAAGAAGCCGAGAAGAUGCUGGGCGAGUGCCGCAACUUGCUGCAUGAAGCCAGGAGCAAGCGCCCGCGACCCCACCUGGAUGACAAGGUCAUAGUGGCAUGGAAUGGCCUGAUGAUUUCUGCAUUUGCCCGAGCAUCUAGGAUCCUCCUAUCACAGCCCGCCACGUCAUCCCACUACUUCCCCGUCGACGGAUCUCCACCGUCCAUCUACCUCGCCUGUGCCGAACGGGCGGCGACUUUCGUCCAGUCCAAGCUGUACGACCGGGAUUCCGGGAGGCUCAGGAGAAGUUUCCGAGAAAGCGCGUCGGAGGUGUGGGGGUUUGCGGACGACUACGCCUUCCUGGUAGCUUCCUUGCUCGACCUGUUUGAAGCUUCGGGCGAUUCUGAUUGGCUGGCGUGGGCCAUGGAGCUACAGGAAACACAGGAUCGGCUCUUUUGGGACGAGCAGCAGGGAGGCUAUUUCAACACUGCGGAGGGAGACCCCUCGCUGCUGCUGCGCAUGAAGGAGGACUACGACGGGGCGGAGCCUGCUGCCAGCUCAGCAGCAGCUGCCAGCCUGGCACGCCUCGGAGCCAUGAUUGGUGGGGAGAGGGGCGCAGAGUACGGGAGGAAAGCAGCGAGAUGUGUGAUGGCCUUUGAGGACCGUCUCUCCCGCAUGCCGCUCGCGCUGCCUCAGAUGUGCUGCUCGCUGGAUCUCCUCGCUGCCACGUCAUCGCCAGCUCAGCGCCAGGUCAUCAUUGCUGGCCCGCGGGGCGCGCCUGAAACCGAGGAGCUGCUGAAUGGAGUGUUUUCCGUGUUUCAACCGAAUUGCACUAUCAUACCAAUCGAUCCUGCCAACCAAUCAGACGCUGCCUUCUGGCAGCAGCACAACCCACGUGCCCUUGCAAUGACUGCCAAGGGCAUGGGUGACAUGUCGGCAGCCACUGCCACGUCAGCUGCAGAGGCGGCAGUGCCAGCUGGCGCCAUGUCAGGUGCCACGUCAGCAGCUUACGUGUGUCAGAACAUGACUUGUCUGGCGCCAGUGUCUGAGCCAGAAAAGCUGAUAGCCCUUCUGAAAGGAGGAAAUGCAGUGGGUUCCACAAGUGUCUCAUCCUUUACCUUGCCAGCUGGUUUUGGUGGAAAAGGUACUGCUUAG